AUGGCGCACAAUCAUGCAGAGCAAGAGCUGGAACAGCGCGACAGCCUCCCUACUCUGAUUGAAGUGCUCGGUCGAAGAACACUGGCACCAGUCGACCUCUUCUCCUUCUAUAUUUACAUGCGUGACCAGCAGAGAUCGGUUGACUAUCUCGACUUCUGGCUCGAUGUAUCGCAACACAUGUCACUAUGCCGGCACUAUGUCCGAGAACUUCGUCGAUCCAUGUUGCUAGAAACCCCAGAUAUGGACAAAGCAACCUCGAAACGCUCUUCUCAAUUCCUUGACAACUUCAACCUCGAAGAGACAUCCUCACACCCAUCUAGUGCAGAAAAGGGAUCGCAAGAGCAGAAGGUAUCGGCUAUCCUCCGUGGGGAAGAUCGCACCAAGUCAGUGUCGAAAAGUCGUGGACAAACCAACGACUAUUCUCCAGCUAACAGUUUGACCUCGAAUCGAUCUGACCAGCUCCUUCGCCAUUCUAGUGAUCGUCCAUCGCCUGGUGCCGGUACAGCUAGCAUGGAGCCACCGAGGCCUUCUUUCAUGACCUCUUCACGCCUCGAAUCCGAUUCUCCUGGUCACACUGUUGCACGGCCUGAUCUGCGAGCCUCAGCCGAGAAAAUUCUGUACACAUUCAUCUUGCCAGGCGCAGAAAGAGAAAUAGUACUUCCUCAGCCCAUGAUUGAUCGUAUGGUCUACGCCAUCGAAGAAGAAGGACGAGAUGACCCAGAGAUUUUCGAUGAUGCGAAGGACUACGUAUUCCAAGCUAUGGAGCGAGACGCCUUUCCUGGCUUCCUGCAAGCAAAAGCCUUGGGCAAUCUUGUACCACUCAGCAUCUUGAUCAGGCUAAUCAUUGGCCUGCUCAGUCUAGGAGGUGGCUUCUGGGCUGGCUACUACUGCAUUCUUCGCAACAUUUCGAGGUCAACGAGGUGUUGGCUUAUCCUCCCCUUCACAAUCGGCACAUACCUGAUAGUGUCCUACCAAUACAAGCUCGACCUCAUUGCUGCAUAUCUGGGAUUUAGUGAAUACACCUGGAUGAACUGGAGCAGGGUACGCGAGCCAUACGUCAAGAGACUAUUGAUGAUGAGAGGUAACAUGGCUCUGCUCUUUUUCCUAGCUGCAGCUGUGGGAUUGAGCGUGCUAUUUAUAUUUGUGCCUGGUGUCAGGUUCUGA